AUGGCUCAAUCGCGUCAAUAUGAGCUGAUCCUCUUCGGGGCGACUGGCUAUACUGGGAAGCUCACCGCAGAGUGGAUUAGCCAACAUUUACCGACAGAUUUGAAAUGGGCAAUAGCAGGGCGCAACGCAAAGAAGUUACAAAAUGUCAUUGAUGAAUUGCAAAUUUUGAGUCCGGACCGCAAGCAGCCAGACAUCGAAACAUGCGAGCUCAAAGAAGACCAGCUCACGGCCCUCGCACUCAAAACCCGCCUCAUCAUAACGACUGUUGGUCCCUUCAUGUUCUAUGGCGAACCCGUGCUGGCAGCCUGCGCGAAGACGGGAACCCACUAUCUCGACUGUACUGGAGAGGUACCAUGGAUUCAUUCCAUGAUACCCAAGUACCACGACCAAGCCAAGUCCACUGGCGCCAUCAUAAUCCCCGAAUGUGGCCUUGACUCUGUUCCUGCAGAUAUCCUAGCUUACGUGCUAACAUCGCACGUACGCAAAACCCUCAACGCUGGAACCACGAACCUGAACAUGAGCUUUUUCUCUGGAAAGUCGGGCUUCAGCGGAGGAACGACCCACACGAUUCUGCAGCUGUUCGAGAAGUAUGGCAUGAAGGAGCUGGGUGAUUCGAUGAAGCCAUGGUCUCUGUCGCCUGUGCAGCCUACGAAGCCCGCGAGGAGUCCGAAGGGUAACCUGCUCCACCGUCUAUUCGGUGUGGUCAACAUCCCCGAACUCGGUGGCAUCCAAACGACCUGGCUCAUGGCGAGUGUUGAUAGAUGCAUCACGCACCGCUCUUGGGGUCUGUACGAAUCGAGUGCUAAGUCAACAUCCACCCCAAGCUUGUCAUACGGGUCGCGCUUCAACUUCAAUGAGUAUAUGCGUGCCAGGUCUCUCCUCCUUGGUUUGGCCGUCAAUGUAGGCAUGGCACUGUUCGGCCUAGCAUUCGCUUUCCCACCGUCUCGUUGGAUUCUUUCGCCUCUCGUUAAACGCUUUCUGCUGCCACAACCGGGCGAAGGACCUUCACGCGAGAGCAUGAAGAAUGAUUUCAUGAGCUACAAGGCGGUGGCGAUUGCGGAUACGGACAAGCAAGAGAGUGUUCUCGGAACAUUGCACAUCCCUCAUGGUGGGUAUGUUGCGACGGCGCAAACAUUGAGUGCCGCUGCAUGGGUCAUUUUGCGUGGGAGGCUAGAGGAUACCGAAGCUGGCAGGUUGGGUGGAGGGAUCCUGACUCCAGCGACUCUCGGCCUGCCGUUGGUGGAGAAGCUGGAUGAGUUCGGUAUCAAGAUUGAGGCCGGGGUCUGA